CAUAGACGUCCAACGUAAAAUUAAUCGCGAUUUCGAAACACCUCGAAGUCGUCGACUGUCUCACGUGAACCAAUGUUAACGCUCAGUCAUCUCGCUGUCCAACCAACAAGACUACGAAAUUAAAACUCUCCUCGAAGUCAUCCCUUUCGAAAGUUUCAUAGAUCCAUUCGCAAAUCCAACUGUCACCGAUCGCGCUAUAUUACGUGAAAAGGAGUUGGGAUAAUGCUGAGCGAAGCAAUCGCGAUAAAUUCUUCAGAAAAAGCGGAAGAUCUAUCGUCAAAUACUUCAAAAAAAUCAACAUUAAAUACCGGAAAUAAAAUUAAGAGUAGAAUUCCAACAACCCAUUUCGGGCGAAAUGGCAUGCAAGGCGACUUGGCGAGUCAUCCAACAAACGAGGAGACUUCCAGCGGGAUUAGCUCCAACAACAAUUCCGCUCGUCGACCGAGCAUGAAGACCCUGAGUACGCUGCCGUCUAAAAAGCCGACGAACGCGGUUUCCGCGGAAAAACGUCACUUAGAGAUACAAUAUAGUUCAAAAAGGACACGAUAUACGAAUCUGAAAAAGACGCUCCUCGAUAAGCAAAAAAUGGUGCAAGAUCUGUACGACGAGAUGUCGAGUUUGCGGGAGAAGAUAAUCGCGGUCGGCGGCAAGGACCCUGGCAAGAUCGAGGAGUUGAGAUCGCCUCAAGUGGAAUGUCCCAAGCAAAACCCGCCAACGCCGAUCGACACAAGUUCACCGCACGACUGCACCGAGCAGCGGGAGCCAAUCUGCAUGGACGAGUCGGUAAUAAUCGGUAUGUCGCUGUUGCAAAAUCAGCUGCGGGAUCUCUGCGACCGCUCCCAAGAGAUCUGUCAGCGUAUCCUGGAAAAGAGCUUGUCGUUCGCGUCCCUCAUCAAGUUUUGGCUGACAAAAUCGAGCCAACAGAGCGAAAUGGGCAACGUGUUGAUCCCGGGGAAUUAUUUGGAGGCGGAGGUAUGGCACACGAACUUCUUACGAGACAAUGAUGAGAUAAGAAUGCAGCUGGAAGAUCUGAGAAUGGACCAGAAGGACUUCGUCACCGAAUUUGCGAUGAGAUCCUCGAGUCUGCGUAGCGAAUAUGACAAUUAUUGUGAGCGUGUGAAGGAGGAGCGGCCGAAUGUCGAUCGCAGGGACCUGUUACAGGAGCAGCUGAGUGUCGCUUUAGAGGAUCUCAAAGCGGAGCGUGACAAGGCGAAUCAAGGGAAAGAUAAGACGAGAAUGAUGGAGCUUCAAAUGCAAAAGGCGCGGGCAAAGAUUCGCGAGUUGGAGGGGCACGUGGCUAACGAGGAGGUGAAGACGCAACAGCUGCAGAAUAGCUUGAAAUCAUUGGAGGUUCAGUUGAAGCAGAAGGAUCAGGCAAUAGAGUUGAGGGUGAAAGAUAUGCACAAGGCGAUGAAGAGCAGUGAGGGCCUCGUGGCGAAGAUGGAGAAGCAGCGCGACAGCUUCGAAUCACGGUUGCUGGAGCUCAAAGAAAAGAUGGCUCACAAGGAAGCGGAAGCAAAUGCUACUAUUAAGGAGUUAUCAACAAAAUUUGAAACAAUUGACGUAGAGAUCAUCGAAGAGAGAGAAAAGAGGCAACAAGCUGAAAAUGCUCUAUCUGAAAUGGAAAAACGUUGUAAACACCUUGAAGAGAAGAGCCAGCUGCUCUGCGAGCUCGCGUCUGAGAAGAGCAAUAAUAUAGCUGUUACAGAUAAUAGCCACACGGAGAACGAGGUUUGCCUGUAUAAUGAUUUGAUGGCAACCCGAGCCGAGCUAGAAAAACAGAAGGAGAAGAUCGAGCAACUCGAGAGGGAAAAGCAAGAGAUUGUCGCUGUGAUGCAUCAGGCGGCUAGCCACGAUAACGAAGACGAGACGAAGGAUAGAUUGGCCGCCGAACUUGUAACCAAGACUCGUGAUCUUCAAAAUCUGAUGUUAGAGCACGCCCGGCUCCAGAAGAUUGCCAGAUAUGCGCAAGAAAGAAAUGAAAUGUUAGAAAAUCAGUUAGCCGAGAUUCAGCAUCGUCUUCAAGCGAGAUUGAAAGAAAAUGGCAAGACCCAGGGUCUUGAUACAAUGGAGCUUCAGCAACAGAUUAGCGAUCUACGGAACAGCUUAGCUGAGGUCAUUCAGCAAAACCAGGAGCUAGAGACCACCCUGACACAAAAGCAACUGGAAUUGGAGCAACGUGAUCGGGUGAUGCGCGAGCAAAGCAAAUUCCUCAAAGUUCGGGACGAGCUGUUGAGCAUCCUCAAAGGAAAACAGGCAAACGCGGAAAAUCCUAACGAAAAUUACGAAAAUAUUGAUGAAAUCAACAAGCAAAUUGCGGCAAAGACAGAAGCAAUUCAGGAAUUGUACGCCACGCUGGAGACCAAACAAAUGCAGGUGAUGCGACUGGAAAAGCUGGUGAAGUUGCUAGAAGAUCAGCAAGACCGCGCACAAGCGCAACGCACACGACUUGAGCAUCGCAUCGCGCAAUUAGAAGUGAGCUUGCGGGAGAAGACUAAAAAUGACAGCAAUCGGAGUAGAACUUUCGGCAUCCUGUAAGAAACUCUGUAACCGUCGGAACAGCCUCUAAAUAUCAACCUGUGACCAC